AUGGCUAGGAUUGGGACCCAUGGCUACUACUUGAGCCCAGUGACCAAGGUGAACAAGGAACAAUGCUUGGUCUCUGAAACGGUUUCAGAGGUCCUGAACCAAAAGAUGACCAACCAUGGCAAGGAGGGGGGUGAGCGCGCCGAGCUGGGGAGGAUGAAGCACCUGCUGUGGCCUAGGGGCUCCGGGGGGUUCUGGCUGCUCCUCUGCUUCCUGCUGCUGAACAGCCGCCCAGGGGGCUGCAGCGACAUUAGUGGCCACGAGGCCAGUGCCGAGGGCUCGCGAAGAACUGUGGGAAGAGGCCUGGUGGCGGAUGACAGGAGAGAUGUGUAUGGUCAGAGUCAAGUGGGAGUGGGGCAGCUCUGGCCCCUCCAAGGAUUUGCCACUCCAGUCUCCCAGCACUUACAAGUUGUAUUCCAGCAGAUUGUGCCCCAAGGUUUGUUCUGGAAGGAUGACAUUACCCAGGAUGUGAGGGCCCAGAAGCACAUCAGCAGAUUCCACCCCCAAGAUCCAUGUCUGAGGCAUGGGAAGGCAGCCUUUCCCACCAAAACCACUGGGAUAAGGUGCGGGCAAGAAGAGGAGAAACUUCGACUCCUAUUCCCCAAGAGCCCAAUGGCCAAAGUGAACAGAGAGCAGUGCUUUACCUCCAAGGUGGACUUGAAGACCCAACAAGAGGGGGCCAACCCUGUCAAGGGCUUCUUUGAGCCACCCCCCACUGUGGGCCAAAGCCUUGUUGCUGACUGAGACCUCAGGUGGAACCCCUCUGCCCCAGUGCCCUCGCAUUCGCCCUCCAGAGGGGCAGUUCUAGGAUGACCCUUUUGAUUUCUCUAAGGAGUUAUGGAGUUGUAUACCUAAUCUAAUGAUCAUAUAGCUAUAAACCUAAGUUUAUAGACUUUCUUGGCUGUAAGUUAUACUUCAAUAAUAAAUAAUAAUAACUAUGAAUUUCUCAAGGUAAAAAAUGUAAAAAGGAAAUAUGAGAAAAGAUGUUUCUGAAAAGAAGAAGAUGGGAUGAUUUGUUUUACCUGCUAUCAAUACUCAGUAUGAAACUGUAGUAAUUAAGAAAGUGUGGUACCAGGGCACCUGGGUGG